GUCACAGAGUCAACCCCCUUCUACAUAAAAGCGAGGGGAACAAUGGGACAAGAAGCAUACAGGAGAGCGCUGGAGACAGGCGAAACUUUCGAUAGACGUACCAAAAUUGUGUUGAUUGGUCAGGACCGUGUUGGCAAAACAAGUCUGAGAAGAUACCUCAGAGGUGAAGCGUUUAAAGAAGAGGAAGCCAGCACUAAUGGGAUUGAAAUGAUUUCCCCUGUCAAGAACGCAGGAAAAGAGGCAUGGAGGAAUCCAGCCCCGCUUGAAAACACAAGUGCACUUGACCACAAAUGUGCAGAAUUGGUUGUAAAGGAUUUACUCAGCAGCUCUGAAGAACCUACAAGUGGAAAGGGAGCGACUCAAGAACGUUCAAAUGACGACCUUGUCUCAAACGAAGUCAUUAAUAGAAAUGGUAAGGCAAAGCUCAUUGUAGCCCUGACAAUAUAUAGCUUCUUUACAGAUUCAGGGUAUAUGUUAACUUCCAGAGAGGUUACUCGAGGCUGAAGAAAACGGUAGCACGGUCGCUACCGUCAAGAUGAACAGCGAAACAACUUUUAGCUCAGUCAAACUUCGUUUCUGGCUGUAGAAAUGUUACUGUGAAAUUUUCAUCUAAUGUAAAUACAGUAUCAACCCCCAACCUUUAGCAAAAGCAAUUCAUAACGUAAAACCGCAGCGUAUUGUUAAUUUUUUUUUUCAAUGAGAGGCUCACUAAUUGCAUCGUGCGGUAACGAACUGAAUGCGUUUCUCACGUGACUUUUCUCGUUCAAGAGACUGGGGCCGAUUAUUUAAGUGACUUUCGUGGUAAGAUCGUCCUCAUGAUUACAAAUGAUGAAUUCCUUGCAGCAGCAGCCCGUCUAUUUUGAAGUACACGUAUUUCUAUCUUUUGUUUCAUUCGCAAUAUAUAACGAAAAGUAGCGAGAUUAAAACAUGACAUUUCGGUGGCGACAUGUCACCAUUAUCAAAUGUAAAAUUAUUAUAAGUUCAAUGACGUUAUAUAAAGAGAGGAAAGUGUUAAGCUAAAUUAGAAUAAAAUGAGAUGGAGUAAAAUGAAAGAGUAUACAUAAUUAAAUGAACAGUCAGUUUCGCUGGAAUGGAGUCUUUUUGAGUGUUCAGAGUCGGUCUCUUUUUCCUUAUUUAAAGCAUCUCAUAAAUAAGGUACUCAAACUUUCCGCGCCAUUUCUUUAGGAUGGAAAAUUGCUCGUGAAGAUUGUUCGGUCUUUGAUUGUGUUUGUCCUUAAGAUGUUUACCGAUGUCGGAAUAUUUGUGCACCUCAAUACGAAGUUGGAGGUGACGGUUCGUCUAGCCUAUAUAAUUUGCAUCACACGAAUAAUGUGUGUUGUUGGUUAUUAGUAAGGGCUUUGUUUCCAUGACUUUUAAAUCUUCUGAGAUUUUCCUUGGUUGGAAACUUUGGUCAACCUCGCCCUGAACUCCUUUCCACAUCUUCUUUCCAAUUUUGGGUAAGUCCGUUAACGUAUAAGGCUUUUGCAUAUUCAAUUAGAACUUUUUGCAUAAAGCUCAACUGACGCUAGGAAUUGGACAGUGUUACCAGUCUGCCAAGAAAUAAUGACAGCUAAGAUCUGAGACCAGAAAUUUUACUGAUGGCUGAAAAAUUUAUUUGAAUUAAUACUGCGUGCAUAAGGUCCCAACCAAGGUUUGAACAAAUCUUGCGCAUACGAAGCGCUCGGAUAUAUAUUCUUUCGAGGACGACAAGCCGCCUUACAUUUUAGUACAGGCAUUGUUUUCAAACCUUGUUGAUCCGGAAUUUGAAUGAUCGAUCGCCGAAAAAGACAAUAUCGAUGAACUGUAUUCUAGAAUGAUUAAACCCUCCCUUUUUGUGCCUACAGUGCCUUCCUUCUAGGAUGGUCGCAGGCACUCCGUUAUGAUGUCGUACAAGUUCGUAAACCUUCUGCUAAGCCUCUCGCGGUUUUCAAAAUGGGGAACCAUCGUGAGACACUUGUAACAUCUCUUGUGACUCGUCUUGGUUUAGUUCCGACAAUGGCCAUCGUUAAACGAAUCUUCUUUUCUUCUUUCUUUUCAGGCUAAAUUUUUUGUGAGGGCCUCAACCCCGCAUUUUGACAUUUUUAUCAAUUUGAACGUUAGAGCUAUGUCGUCAAAGAAGAGACAAACGCUGUGCUUCGGUAGUUGGCUUCUCGAAUGCCGUUUUCUGCUCAGAAAAAGGUGAUGUUCCGGAUGAAAAGAAAAAAAAAAGCAUAUGCUUUCGUAGAAUACAAUUUAAAAAAUACGGAAAUAUUAAAGAAAAAGAAAGACGAAGCCCCAGGAGUCGAUCCCUCGACCUUUCACUUAUAGGGAUAAGCACUUCCCAUUGCGCUAGCUCUGUAUCAUAAACCUAUUAUUUUGGAUGUGUAAAGCCCGUAAAGUUUCUGCCCAUACACUCACGUGAAACCAUUCGAUAUUAGAAGUUUCUUUUUUUGCUCAGGUUGCUAAAGGAGUAGGCGAGUGUUUAUUUCGAGUGACGCGAAGCUUUUAUGAAUUUUUUAGUCCUUAUACACGAAAUACAAAUUCAGUCAAUGGCAUUACUACUGCUUUGAACAACCGGUAUUCUUCUGUAUGUUGUUUGCACUUGAAAAGCAUGUUUAAGAAAAGUAAUAACUGAUUAAAAAAUAUCAAUAUUAGUUUUCCAGGAGGUCGAAAGUGAGCAAAAACCAGAAGAAGUACCCGAGAGUGUCCAUUACCUCUUAGAUUAUCGCUUCAAGGCAAAGGACACCCCUGACAAUGAGGAUAUAUGGCCCUUUAUUUGGGAUUUUGCUGGCCAGGCAGUAUACCAUGCCAUUCAUCCAAUUUUCCUAUCGCAAGAAGCCAUAUAUGUCCUGGUGUCAGAUCUUACUAAGGAGUUAAGUGAUGUUGCCCGAUGUCGGAUAAGACCGGCUCAUCACGAUGAAAUAGAGGUAAACUCACCUUACGUCCAGGACACUAAUCUCGAUCACAUGAUGAGAUGGCUGGACUUGGUACAGUCUUUGAGACAGCCAGAGUUUCAGGGAAAGUCGGCAGAUACUAACCAAGUUUUGCCUCCUGUGGUGCUUGUGGGUACACAUGCUGAUGGCGUAAGGCAUCCUUGCAAGGAAAUGGAAUCUGUGCAUGAAACCAUUUGCAGCAUGGCUCAUUCAGAAACCUUAAAACAUAUUUCAAAAGAAUUACUCUUCAUAGAUAACACAAAUCCGAACAGAGAAGACGACCAACAGAUCGUUUCUUUGCGUACGGAAUUAUUGAAUCUGGCUGGAAAAAUGCCAAAUUUCAACAAGGUAAUCCCUAUGCAGUGGCUCCGUGUGGAACAAAAAGUCGACGAAAUGGUGAAAAAAGGGAAGCAUUAUGUUGGUAAGAAGCAUUUUGCAGAGGACAUUUCUGGAGGCAUUUGCCAGUUUAAUGACAAAGAUGACGUCGAAGAAUUGCUACACUUUUUACAAGCUCGUGGAAGAGUUAUCUACCAAGAUCUCCCUGAAAAUCCAGAUGGUUUGGUCGUGCUAGAUCCGCAGUGGUUAAUUAAAAUACUAUGUGAGAUAAUUACGGUGAGUCCACCAUGGAAAAACGACCCUGUUCUUCAGAAAGAUUACAAAGUCCUCGGAAGAAAGGGACUGCUUUCGCAGCAGUUGCUAAAUCAAGCGUUUGAACACCUUAAACUGAAUGAUAUAAAGGAUUCACUGAUUCAUAUCAUGGAAAGCUUUGAUGUUAUAUGCAACUCUAAGAACUGCAAGGGGAAAGAUUACCCUUAUUUUGUUCCAUGUAUGUUGGAAUCACCAAAGAAGAAUACGAGAGGCACAAACAUGCGCAAUGGCCCCUUGCCCGUAUUUCUCACAUUUAACACCAACUACGUUCCAUGCGGGCUGUUUUGCAGACUGGUUGUACAUUUUUGGGAGGAAUGGGCAUCACAAUUAUGCCGUGACUCCCGUAUGGCCCCUUCGUUGUUUUCAAACGCCACUCGAUUCAAUGUCAGUGAAGUGUACCAGCUCACUCUAGAGUGUCACAAAACUGUGAUCAAGUUGAUAAUCUGGACACAGCGAGACUCAGAUGGAAUGGAAGAGAAAAGAAUUUGCGAAGAAUUAUUGAGGUAAGCCACAAACAUAUCGGGCAUUAUUUCGUUUCAUUUAAACUUAAUAAUUACCGUUAAAGCAAUAUUAAAUGGAAUACCAUAACCAAAAAAAAUGAUGAAAUACAAUCACAUUGCUGUAAAUAAAGGGAAACUUAAAGGCCCUCUUUAAUUUUCUUGACUUUUUCAAUCGUUCUGAUCCCUGUGACAGGUUUUUUUUCCAGAUUUAGGACCUUUUUGGGUGCUAAUUUUUUGAUUAGGUAAGAUGCAUUCAGUUAAUUGGACAUUACAGUGAGUCACGCUUGCGUUAAUGGCGUUGUUGAUAUCCUUGUUGCUAUGUUUGUUCAUUGCAGUCAUCUGGAGGUUUGCGGGACUAAGCUAAGCGUCACCUGUCCGUGGUUACGAUCAUCUACGAUGGAAUUGUAUGUGAAAUGCCAGUUGUGUGAGCCUUGUCUAGAUAAGUGUCGUGACGGAACCAAUAUUUGCAUAUUGCACAAAGAGAAAGGCUGCUCUCAUUUUGACUGUGGCCACUACAUUCCGUUAGGCAGCUCUGGUCUGAGUUGUGAACACUCCGUUGAUGCUGUUCCCGACUAUCCAAGAGAAAAACUGGAUCCUUGGGUUCAGGUUAGAAAAAAAACUUAG